GGAGGAUUCAUCAACUCUUCCGGUAGCAUCUCGAGUCCUCGAUCUGUGGUUUCUUGUAGUGAAAAAUAAAGAAGGAUUUGUUGUAAUGGCGAGUGACGAGUUUAGGUUGGUGUCAUCGGCGAUAGAUCACGAAGGAAGGUUACCGCGAAAGUACACGGGAGAGGGACAAGGAGCUCUGAAGAACAUUUCUCCACCGAUGGAAUGGUACAACGUGCCUGAGGAUACCAAGUCUCUGGCGCUUGUGGUGCAGGAUAUGGACGGUCCGGCGGAGCCGAGUGGGCCAAGCGUUCCAACGACUCACUGGGUCGUGGUUAACAUACCGCCAACGUUGAAGGGGCUCCCUGAAGGAUUUUCUGGAAAGGAAGAGGAUACGGGAGGCGAAUUUGCUGGGAUUAAAGAAGGGAACAACGACUGGAAGGUCCGUGGGUGGCGCUUGCCCAAGCUUCCAUCGCAUGGGCACAAAUUCGAGUUCAAACUCUACGCCUUGGACGAGUUAUUGCACCUGGGUAACAAGGUUACAAAAGAUAAGGUGGAGGAAGCCAUUGAAGGACAUGUGAUCGGGGAGGCGGUGUUGAUAGCCGUGUUCUGAAGUUCUGAUGAUGGAGUGAGUCCUUUGCUCGACAAAGGAGUAGUUUUCGUCACCAAGUCACCAGAGCUGCUGCAGUUGAAUACGCUAUACCCCAUUGUUGGUUUUACUGUUCAUUUGCAAUUAAUGCUUUUGUUGAGUACGUAAAUCUCUACCAAGUAGGCAUCCCUUCUCCCAAUGUUUUAAUUGGGGGACUCGGUAUAUUUUAAAGUGAUGUUUUUUUUUUUUGUUUGAGUCUAUUUAUAUAUAUAAUGCCCCUUUGUAUAAUUAAUUAAUUAAUGGAUGCCACGUUGCAUUUUUUUGUGC